AGUCAAGUUUUUUGAAAUCAUGAAGAUUCUGGCACUGCAUUUAUAUUUUGGGAUAGGAUAGAAUCUGCAUGUACGUUUCUCAGGCAUCUACUGUACUUCUAGUCCAAAGAUAAAUGCAAUGUACCGAUGCUACAUUCAUUCAAAUUUUAUCAUCCCGGACAUCCCCUUUGUUUCUCUAAGCCUUUCCUUAUCUAACAUACAAAAAUCGGCUGCGAUGGUGUCGUUUCAGAUAAGCUGUAAAAUAAUCACAUGUAUCCUCCCACUCAACUUUCGUUACAAGCACGGAGAUGAAACUAUCUUGCAUCUCAAAUGCGUUCAAAACCAAACCAGUGCCCCUGAAAACUUGGCAGCGGUAAUAUCAUCUUUCCAAACGGCUUCUACUUUGAACAGCAAACUUUAAAAAAUUUUUGAAAAUUGGGUCAAUCAUAUAUUUAUAUAAUAACUAAUUGUUGAACGAUUGAAUAUAAGUGAAUUUCGGCUCUCGAUUUACGUUUGUUCAAAACUUAGAUUGUGAAUUCAAUUGAAAAAAAAAUUCUUCCUAAGAGUGAACAAUGCAGAGUGCAACAAUGAGGACAGUGAGUUUAUUGAAUUUACAGAGACAUGCUCGGUGGAUAACAAUAUGCAUAUUGGGCUUAGCAGCUCUAACAAUUGUUGGAAGAAGUCCAUUGAUCAAGCAGUUACCGGAGCCUGUAGCAGUACCGGAUUUUGUACGGCUAAAACAAUUUACAGAGUCAAUUCCUGUCCAAAGUAAAGUGAAUCUAAAUGACUAUCCUGAUAAUAACAUGACGUCCAUGAAAAUGAGUGAACUAAAGACUGAGCUGGAGAUUAGAAGAAAAAGGGUCGAUGAUAUCUGUCAAAUAAUUGAAAAUGAAACAUCUUCCUUUCAUACAGCUAUGUCUAAACUGAUUAUUGACACAAAUCAUGGACUAUCAUGGUGCCCAAUAUAUAAGGUUGGUAGUUCUACAUGGAUGGAACACUUUGCUGUGUUAGGUAGAACCUUCUCUGAUUUAACUGUAGACUUGAUUAGGCGCAAUAUACUCCAAGUCAACAUUAUAGCUAGACAGGCAUUCCCAAAUUAUGACGUUGAAACAAUGCUUGAGAAAAUCAAACGAACAAAGAAGUUUUUAAUUGUGCGUCAUCCAUUCGAACGUAUUUUGUCAGCUUACAGGGAUAAGUUGGAAAAUAUCGAUGGUAGAGAGUAUUACUACAAGAAAUUUGGACGUCACAUUACGCAACGGUAUCGUCAUAAAAAUGCUAGUCUUGACACCAGGAUAGAGCCUAGUUUUACAGAAUUUUUGAGAUUCAUCGUUGAAGAAAAAUAUUUUGACGAGCAUUGGGCUCCAUAUACUCAAACCUGCAGACCAUGUGAACUCAAAUAUGAUUACAUCCUCAAGUUUGAAACAUUCAAAAGAGACGAAGACUUUUUAAUUCAAGAACUAGGACUGAAUAAAUACUUGCACACAAGAGGUGAUGUCAGACACGUUAAUCCACGUGGUCCCACAACAGCCAUGACCAGUAGGAAAUAUUUCAAAAACGUGCCAGAGUUACUCAUAAAAAAAGUGCAUCAAGUAUAUGAGAAGGAUUUCAAAUUAUUCAAUUAUUCCCCUGCAGAUUAUUACGGCUUGACCACAAAGCAGCCUUGAAGAGAACAAACAUGGUAUUGCUGUCAAUUCAAUAGAAUCACGAGAUACUUACUUGUCCAAAAUAAAGCUCGUUGAAGUACAACCAUUACAUAUAGUUGGAGUAAAAUUUGUGGAGCAGCUUCCAUAAAUGAUUCAAACAAAUGAAGCAUGCAUAUAUCACUCUGCUGUCUGAGCACCCAGUCUUUCUCGCUCUUUGAUUGGCCAGUUUUCAAAGAUCGUAUCGCUGCGUGCAAUAAGACUAAGUAUCUGAAUAAACAGUAAAAAUAAAAAGUUUCACAGCAUGCCAAGACAACGCCAUAUGCAAUAGUGCAAAUGUAUUAAAAUAAUACAAUGACUAAAAAAUCUUUUGUGAAUACUAAGUUACAGCCAAUAAGCUCUAAUUCAUCAUUAGCGCUUGAAAGUCAAGUCUAUAGGUGCUUGUGUCUGUUAUCGAAGCACAGAUCAGUUCAAAUAGCAAAUAUUGUGUUUUAAAAAUGUAUGAAAUUAGCCGUUUUACCUGUGAACAAUACCCAUGAGUAUGAAAUGUGAUAUCCAAUGAGUAUAAUUCAGAGAUCCGUCGCUGUGAUGCCAUCUCAAGCUGAAUAGCUGCACAAUCAUUGCAGGAAGCAGCAUAAAUAUUAGUGUAAAGUAUGCCCAUCCUGAAUAUCCAAUAGAUAGGUAAUCGUUGACAACUAAGCCAUCUGAAUUAAGUUCAAGAACAAAUUAAUCAAAGUAAUUGUAAGAUUAAAAACUGUAUUUACUGAAGAGUUAAAAAAUGGUAAUUAACAAAGACAAUUCGUUAAAUUGUAAAUAGGUUCAUCAUGUGAUACUUGUGCUAAUUAAAAUUCGAAUAAUUUUCAAAUA